AUGAGGCCAGGGAGUUGCCACGAUGCGGCAUCGACGUCGAUAUCUUCGUUCAGUCUCUUGGUACCCAGUCCCCGUCAGAAUUCCGUCUCCAGUGAGGCAGGAAAUCCGGCCAAGGCCAAGGCAUUAACUGAUGACUUGAGCCAACUCAAAAAAUACCAAGUCAUCGUGCUCACAACCACAUCUCUGAAAAAUCAACUCACGAUUUCCGAUUAUUGCCACCAGAAUGGCAUUUACCUGGUGAUUGCUGACACGUUUGGUCUAUUCGGCUACAUCUUCACCGACUUUGGGAAGGACUUCACAGUGGGCGACAUUACCGGAGAGAAUCCUAUCAGCGGCAUUGUAGACGAUAUUGAUGAGACUGGUCUGCCUGUCGCCCCUUGGGUGCCUGGUAAAGUGGUCAAACCAGAGGAGACUGCCUACUACUUUACCGGGAGAAUGGGAGAGCGUGUAUCAGAUGUCAUGAACUGCUACAAGUUAAACUGGCCUACGCCACUAUCCUCCAAGUGCACGGACACCAGAUGUGCUGUCAGCUUCUACACCGCUGAAGACUUUGAGCAGUUCAGAGCGUCACCGAAGGCGAGCUGCUCUCCUUUGCUGCUCUCCCCGAAGGCUUGGAAUCCCAAGGACCAACUACAAUAA